AUGGUGCGGCAGCAGCCUCGGUGCGCCGGGGCGGCCGCCCUGCUCGCCCUGGUCGCCGCCCUACCCCCCGCCGGCGCCGUGGAGCUCCAGCUCGGCGCGUUGCUGCCCUUCACGGACCAGGCCGGCGGCGUCUACGAGGACGGCAUGCAGCGGAGCGUCGCGGUGGCCUACCUCGAGGCGGCCAGGGACUUCAACGCGCGCGACGGGUCGCUCGUGGCGGCCUUCGCGAACUUCAGCGACUGCGCGUACACGCUCAACGUGUCCGUCGCCGACACGGGGGACAGCCCGGGGAGCUUCCCCUCCGCCGUCUACGACGCCGCGGGCGCUCCCUACGACGCGUACCUCUCGGGCCGGUCGCUGACGACCGUGGCCGUCGCGGCGACCUACACGGGCCUCGCGAGCCGGCUGCUCGUGUCGUCGUCGGCGACGGCCGCGGCCUUCACGAACAGCGGCUCGUUCCCCUACUUUGCUCGGACGUGCCCCGUCGACUACAACGCGGCCAUAGCCGUCGCGGACCUCCUCCACGCCUACGGCUACACGACCUUCGGCAUCGUCGUCGACGACACGGACCCGGCGACGGGCAACGUCGCGACGAACGUCGCGAGCUCCGCGGAGCUGCGCGCCUACGGCAUCUCCGCGUCCGUGUCCGUGCCCAUCUACGACUUUAGCGACGCGGACGAGACGGAGGCCAUGCUCGAGGUGCUCGUGGACCAGGGCGUCAAGAUCAUCGUCGCCGUCGUCUUCGCCCAGAACUUCCCGGCCCUCGUCGACGCGGCGGAAGCCGUGGGCCUCUUCAACCCGAAGACGCUCUGGAUCUUCGUCGAGUUCCACGGCGCGGGCCCGCGCGGAACCCGAAUCUUCAACACGACUUCAAUGUGCGCGUAUGCGAACGUUUCGACGCGAGGCGCGGGCGCCGUCAGCGACGCCACCCUCGUCGCCUACGCAUCCUCCACCAAGGGCGCGCUGCGCGUCCACGCGACGCCGGACAUGCCCCAAGUCGGGACCUGGGACGCCUGGGUCGACCGCUGGGCGACGCUGGAUCCCGCGGACUACGAGCCGGCGCUGUCGGCCGCGGGCGCCGCCGCGCGGCUCGGCGCGGGCUACUUCGACGACGCCGCGAACCGGAGCCUGGAGACGGGCUACGCCUACGACGCCGUCGCCGCCAUCGGCAUCGCCGUCUGCGCCCUCGACGCCGCGGGGGAGGCGGAGGUGGUUCUCGCGGACGGCGGUCUGUUCACGGACGCGGUCCAGGACGUCGACUUCGUGGGCGUCUCCGGCCGCGUGGCGUUGAAGGGCACGGACCGGCGGCCGAGGUACGCGCCCUACGCCGUGACGAACGUGCGCGCCAACGGCACGGUGGACUACGUGGCCACGGUCCAGAACCACUCGUGGUUCUACAACGACAUGGCGCUGCCGCAGUACCCCUUCCGGCAAGUGGUCUACUACGACGGCACGUCGACGAUCGUCAACGACACGGAGCCGGACUGCGCGAAGAUCGGCUAUUUUAACCGCACGACCUACACGUGCGAGCAGUGCGCGCCCGGCUCCGAGCCCGACGGCACGAACCUGUACUGCGAGCCGUGCGCCCCCGGCUACGCGCGCGCGGGCGGCGACGGCGCCUGCGGCGCCUGCGCCGGCGACUUCUCCUACCAGCCCGACGCGGGCGCGGCGGCGUGCCUGUCGUGCCCCGUGGCGACGGUGAAGCUCACGACGAACGCGGGGCUCUCGGCCGACGAGUGCGUGUGCAUGAAGGGCUACUACAGCUCCGAGUCGACGUGGAACUCCACGCAGUGGAAGCGCAGCGGCCUCCCGGGCGUCCCCUGCUACUCGUGCCCCGAGGGCGCGACCUGCGACGGCGGCGACGCCAUGCCCGUGAACAAGAAGGACUUCUGGGGCACGCCGCGGCAGCCGUUCCGGUUCUACGAGUGCGAGUACGGCCACUGCCGGUCGGACUUCCGCUGCGACGCGGGCUACCGGGGGCGCAUGUGCUCGGAGCUCAUCCACGAGGAGUACUUCACGCUCUCCGUGCUGCCGCCGAUGACCUGCCCGGAGUCCGCGGCCGCGCGCGGCGCGCUGGUCGUCUUCGGCUACGCGGUCCUCGUGGGCGUCUGGCUCCACGUCAACUCGGCCUACCUCGCGCGGUACCGCGUGCUGCUCGUCUACAUCUACUUCCUGCAGAUCAUGGCCGUGGUCAUGCGCUUCAACUACGAGAACCUGCCGAACCACGCGCCGCCGGUGCAGAUCGUGCGCAUGCUUCUCGACCUCAGCCUCUUCGACUUUGCUGUUUUUAUGCCGACGUGCGUGCUCGAGCUCACGGAGCUCGGCGCCUUCGGGCUCCAGUUCCUCUUCAUCUUCUUCGGGUUCGCGUUCCUCUUCCUGCCCGUGCUCCGCGAGAUGUUCACAAAGUUCGUCGAGGAGUGGUCCUACCGGAACUGGGAGGCGAUCAAGAAGUCGCUGGACUUCUACGAGGGCGACUUCGGCGAGAAGAUCUACCGGAGGAUCGGCGUCUUCCUGACGCUCCUGGACGUCCAGCGGCCGCUGAUGACGUACGUCGCGCUGCAGAUGCUCCGGUGCGACCGCUACUACGACGAGAAGACCUAUUUUCGGGCGGACCCCAUGCUCAAGUGCGAGGCGGACCGGCGGGCCGUGCUCGGCCUCGCCGCGGGCUUCAUCUUCGCCGUCUUCUCCGUCGGGCUGCCCCUCGCGUCCUACGUGUGCAUCCACUACGAGUACAAGGUGCACCGCGGCGUCCACAUGCCCCACAUCCAGGCCUUGUACGGCUGGUCCUUCGGCGACUUCCGCGUGCCCUACCACGCGGCGCGCUUCCACAAGCAGUACCUCGUCUGGGCCGUCUGCCUCAUCUCCGCGCUCUUCGACGAGAUCCUCGUCGAGCUCGUCGCGAUCACGGCGUGCAUGUACCCGGCGACGGUCAUCCACUGCGUCACCCAGCCCUACUCGUCGUCGAUCCUGAACAGGGUGGAGACGCUGGGCCUGUCCGUGACCAUCGCGGCCGUGCUCCUCGGCUUUCUCGCGUGCCUCGACGACCACACGACGCGGUUCCGCGGGUCCUUCAUCUACGGCACGUUCCUCAUCCACGCGAUCUUCUUCGCCGUCGUCAUGCUCUGCGCCUACAAGGAGAGCGAGGAGCUGAAGAUCGAGGCCGCGACGGCCGCGUCGCUCCACGAGAAGAUCUGCGAGCUCUUCGCCAAGGACGACGCCGCGAACGAAAAGCGGAAGCUCGAGAUCGCCCGCCGGCGCCACGAGGUCCAGCCCCCGAAGACGGGCUGCUGCGGCGCCGCGGCCAAGGCCCUCGGGCGCGUGGCCCGCGGGCGCGCGAGCCUCGUCGAGGUCCUCGCCGGCGACGACCUCGACGACCUGCCGUACCGGACGCAGCAGGGCAUCGAGGCCAUGCAGGAGGUGCUCCGGACGUUCAACACGACGGUCUUCCAGAUGACCAUCGACUCCGUGGAGCGCACGAACGAGGACCUCGAGAAGUUUGUCCGCGUCGCCGAGGACAUGCGGUUCCUCGUCUCCGACGUGUCGUUCACGUCGAGCUACAGCGCGGACCCCAUCUCCCACUUCUGGCGCAACCUCAGCAGCCAGAACAAGGGCAUCAUCGACUUCGUCGCGAAGCUCAAGGAGGCGGAGCGCAUCGUGUUUUUUGGCGUGCUCGUGCGGCUCCAGCGCUACCUCGCGGACCCCGCGCCGUCGAACUCGGCGAUGCACGACCUCGUGCAGGACGAGGACCGGUCGUCCGUGCUCUACUACCUCCUCGGCGCCAAGGAGGCGCGCUUCGAGGACUGCGUCGCGCUGCUCCGGGACCUCGUGGGCGCGUGCGCCAGCCACCACCACACGUGGUUCGACGAGCUCGUCUUCCUGCCAAAGUCCGUGCACCACGUCGACCGGUCCAAGGUCCUCGCGAAGCGCCGCGCGUCCAUCUCCCUCGACGACGUCGCGGGCGACGAGAAGAAGCUCAUCGCCAAGUUCCGGGCCUCGGAGAACCGCGCCUGCGCGGAGGCGCAGCACAUCUGCGCCGCGCGCGACGAGCCCCCGGCGCCCGCGACGCCCGAGAAGAAGAAGAAGAAGGAGCCGGCGCCCCGCGAGGCGACGCCGCCCCCCGAGGCGCCCGAGCCGGAGCCGGAGCCGGAGGCCAAGGAGGAGGCCAAGGAGGAGGAGGCGCCGCCGACGCCGGAGCCCCAGAGCUCGUGGCUCUUCGGCGACGACGCGGGCGCGACGCGCGACAGCCAGCCGUCGGCCGCGCUCCUCGAGGCCGCCAAGGCCCAGGAGAGCGCCCUCGACGACGGCGACGCCGUCGAGGACGCGGGGGACGCGCCGUCGUCCGCGCUCUGCGGCGCCAUGUUCGCCGGCGGCGACGACGCGCCGCCGCCGCGCCUCCCGGGCAAGAAGACGCCGAAGCGGCCCCGGGGGCGGAGCCGCGGGCGGGCGCGGUAG